CGAAGGGUUCCUCGCCGACGUCUUGUUGACUGAAACUGCUUCAGAGAGCUGAGAGCGAACUCAGUCGUCUGUUAAACAACAGUUCUGAGCGGAUAACUUGUUGAAUGUGAAUUAGUUCCUCUUUUGGAGAGAACAGUGCUCUACAGAACCAUGGUGGAGUCCCAUUUUCAGAUCCAGCUCACCGCCAUUCUGGACGUGUUGAUGAAGACAGCGGUGUCGGACAUCUGCGCUCUGGCCGACAGCUGGGUUCAGUCUUUACAGACGGAAAUCAGGAGAAGCCAAAAGGAGAAUGAGGACUUAAGACAAAGACUGUACAGCAUGAAACAGCAGCCUCCGGCUAAACCACCGCAGGAGGAGAGCCGGAGCAGCGAGGCCGAGGAGGCCGCUAGUGGUGAACUGAGUGACGACUGUAAGGAAAUGGUGGAAAACUCAGAGACUGAAUCUGCAGUGCCCAAAAGAGGACAGUGGUGCGUCGUGCUGCAGAAAUGGAACCCUGCACUAGUAGGAGCAAAAGCGGAGGUGAUGGACAGAUCCAUUAGCGAAAGAGAGGAGGAAAAGCUGGAUGCAACACCACCUGAUGCAGUUUAUACGCCUGUUUGUCCAGAAAUGGAAGUAAACCACCCACUUUAUGAAAUCAAGACUGAAACAGAGAAGGCUCUACCUGCUCUCCAGAAGUCAGAAUGCAGUCCAGACAUCAGUGCAGACUUUCAAAAUGAGCCCGAAGAACCUGCAGUGAUGAGUGAAGAGAAUGAGACAGAAAGCAUUCAACAUGUUCCACAACCUAAAAGAGAAGAGGAGGAAGAGUUUGACAUCUCCUGCCUGCUGACACCUAAUCUACAGCUCAAUUCCACACAUCUGCUCAGAGAGAACCAUACAGAGUCUAUAAACUCCGACUGCAGAAGGAAUUUCAAAUUUGGACAGAGAUUUUAAUUUAUCAGUGCCAGCCCCAAAUGAGGAACAUUUUUCAGAAAGAACCUCAGUUUCUCUAACGUGUGAUAAACAGAUAGGGGGUACGUUUAUUUGCAAUAUCUGCGGGAAAACUCUGACGACCAAAAGAUCAUUUAUUUGUCACUUGAGAUUGCAUACUGGAGAGAAGCCCUUUGCAUGCACUCAGUGUGGAAAGAGAUUCGCCAAGAAAUUUAACCUCGACAUCCACUACAACAUCCACUCUGGAGCAAGACCCUAUGUCUGUACUCUCUGCCCGAGGUCAUUCGCUGACCCAAGUGCUUUUGGAAGACAUAAGAUGAUGCACAGAAAGAAAUCACAGCCGGACUCCUAUAGCCCUAAGUGUAAAUUCAUUUGUAACAUAUGUGGGCAGAGUUUUUCAUCAAAACCCUCACUUGCUGUGCAUUCUAAGUUGCACACUGCUGAGAGGCAGCACGGUGUACAGAAGGUUUUGCUCAGAAACAUGCAUUAAAAAUUCACUACCCUACACUGCAGUCUCUGUCUGGGGUCUGGUCAGAGAUCUAUACUAGAAAAGUAUACUUUCACAUUCUGUUUAAAGCUUGUUUAUGUGUCCGUCUCCUAAUUUAAACUUCAUAACAAAGCCAUGAGUGGGGAUAAAGAGACACCCAGAAAGUGUUCAACUGCUUCAAAGAAAACAAACGAUGGGACGAUGGGAACAUUUCCCAUCAUCUUCAAUCAUCAGUGACCAAAAUGUUUACGGUUUUUGUAUUGUUGUAGUAUCGUUAAAUAAA